AUGAGAGCGGCGCCGGACUCCUCGCUGCGCCGGCAUGAGUUGGUCGAGCGGCUGCUUGGUUUGCCCAACGCUGCGCGUGGUGAACAGGUCCUCCUCGUCAACGAGUUGUACGACACCCCGCUACCGACGCUUGAGGAGGCUCUCCUGCAGGUUUCACAUGUGUGCAUAUCUCACAACGGGUCCGAGGUGCAGAACAUGCUGCGCAACUUCAUGCUGUGGCUGGCGGGGCAGUCGUUUAGUAUCGCACUGCGGCUGGCAUGGACGGUGGACUCGGUGGUGGACAUAUUCGGCGCCGUUGGGCUUGGUGAGCGCGUACGGGAGGUGCAGGAUAAGAUCGAGAGCUACGCCAUCAACCGCAGAGGUGCCACCAAAAAAGGGAACAACGAUGAGGUGACAGAGGCGGAGAUUGCACGCAAGGAAAUGCGUCUCAAACUAUAUAACGACGAGAGGCAGUUCCUUAACACCGUCACCAGCUUGAGCAAUUACCUGCGCACAUUGCCUGAUAGACAGAUGCGCAACACGGAGCUGAAAAUCAAACUGCGUGCGAUGAACGAGUCCCUGAGUAGCUUGUCUCUGAUAUAUCCUUUAGGUGCCGAUUCCGACCCCGUUAUGUGGAUACUGAGCAUUGUGGUUGAUGAUUGCGUCGUGUUCUCUUCCCGAGAACGAGCGCCGUUUCUACUUCGCUUCGAAGUCAUCGUGGAUGAUACAACUACCAUGAACGAUCCAACGGCCUCGGAGUUGCGUCAACCGAACGGCAAAUUUAAAAUCACGGCAGACUCGGAAGAGAUUCUUGAUACGACAUGCUUUGAAGAGGCGGAGGCAGAUGGGGAGUGCGCGAGUAAGUCUGAUGGGGAAGGUUCGAACAAAAAGAGGGAUGCAUUUCGGUGUGUAUUUGGGGAGAUGCCACAGGAGCGUGCAGCACGCAUACGCAAGAAGUCUGCGUUUGGAAGGCAUCCUAAAUGGGGUCUAGCCUCUAUUAUUGUCAAGGCUGGGGACGAUUUACGGCAAGAGGAACUGGCGCUACAAUUGAUUGACGUCUUUAAUAGGAUUUGGCGUGAAGCUGGGCUUACUUGCUCUGUUCACCCGUACCGUGCUCUCUCUGUUAGUUCGGAUUCUGGUGUAAUUGAGUGCGUUGAUGCUGCCUGUUCUGUUGAUGGCAUCAAGAGGUCAUCCCAGGUGGUGUACAUCGCGCAGUUUUUUAACGAAGUCUUUGGUGCGAAAGGCUCCGAGACCUAUUUGCGUGCACAACGGAAUUUUGUCGAGACAAUGGCUGGGUACAGCAUUGUCUCUUACAUGCUUCAGAUUAAAGAUCGGCACAAUGGAAAUCUCAUGAUUACAAGUGAAGGACACUUGGUGCACAUAGAUUUUGGCUUCAUGCUUGUCACUUCGCCAGGAGGAAUCAAUUUCGAAUCGGCUCCAUUUAAACUUUCACAAGAACUCCUGGAGGUGAUGGGCGGAGUCGGUAGUGCGGCGUUUAAUUACUUCAAGGUGUUGAUGUAUCAGGGAAUGAUGGCAGUGCGUGAGCGCGCGGAGGAUAUAUUGGGCCUUGUGUCUCUUAUGACUCCUUACAGUACCAUGCCCUGCUUUGGUAGCGACCCCGUGGCUGCCGUUCAGCAGCUGCGUUCUCGUUUCCGCUUCGAUUUGGAGACAGAGGCCGACUUUGCUUUGUACGUGAAGGAACUUAUCAUGUUGAGUGUCGAUAAUUGGCGAACGAGGCGAUAUGAUCAGUUUCAAAGCCUGCAAAAUGGUAUCUUGUAG